CUUUCAGAUGAAGACCCUUCAUUUGACCCUUCUGCUGACAUGCUGAUACAUGAUUUUGACGAUGAACAGACAUUAGAUGAAGAAGAAGCCAUGAGUAAUGAAGACAGUAUCGGCAAUGAGUUGGAUGACUUACAGAAAGAAAGUGAAAUUCCUGUCGAGGAACUUUUGGCCAUGUAUGGUUACAGUAAAGAAACACCCUCU